AUGAAUCCGCAAUCACGAUCGACGUCCUACUCGUCGACCCUGGCACCACGAGCAGUGCGACGCCCGUCCGUCAGCUCGAGACUGUCCUUUGCGGUUUCCAACGCCGAGAGGGGGGAGAACAGUAAUGGCCAGGGGAUGGCGGUGCAACACCAGAUAGAGGAGGAGAUAGCAAAGAUCAAGCGCUACGAGGAUUUCACAACCAUCGACUGGGUGCAAGACGCCGCCCGUGAACAACUACGCAGAAAGUCACGAAGGAAACGAACCGCGGGUCUCUACGACACAGGCCGAUUCGACUGGAAGCAGAGGAUACUAGAGUCUUACGAGGCAGCACAGGGAUGGAUCGUCGUAACCAUCAUCGGCGCCGCUAUCGGCCUCAACGCCGCCCUUCUCAACAUCAUCACCGAAUGGCUUUCCGACAUCAAGCUUGGGUAUUGCAAGACGGGGUUCUACCUGAACGAAAACUUUUGCUGUUGGGGGGAAGACAACGGGUGCGCCGACUGGCAUAGGUGGACGGGGUUUGAGCCAGUGAAUUAUGUUAUUUAUAUCAUAUUUGCGAUUUGUUUCUCUUUUACGGCAGCGACGCUUGUCAAAUCAUACGCCCCCUACGCGGCUGGAUCGGGCAUCUCAGAGAUCAAAUGCAUCAUCGCAGGCUUUGUCAUGAAGGGCUUUCUUGGUUUCUGGACCCUCCUCAUCAAAUCCAUCGCCUUACCUCUCGCCAUCGGUUCUGGUCUCUCGGUUGGAAAAGAAGGGCCCAGCGUCCACUACGCCGUCUGCACCGGCAACGUCAUCUCGAGAAUGUUUACCAAGUACAGACGAAACGCCUCCAAAACCAGGGAGAUCCUCAGCGCGUGCGCCGCGGCAGGUGUGGCGGUUGCUUUUGGCAGUCCCAUCGGAGGUGUGCUCUUCUCUCUUGAAGAGAUGUCUAGUUACUUCCCCCUCAAGACAAUGUGGCGCAGUUACUUUUGCGCUCUGGUCGCGACGGCUGUUCUCGCGGCCAUGAACCCUUUUCGUACUGGACAGCUGGUUAUGUUCCAGGUCAAGUACGACAGGACGUGGCACUUUUUCGAGGUGGUGUUUUACAUCAUCAUUGGGAUCUUUGGGGGGUUGUAUGGUGCUUUUGUCAUGAAGUGGAACCUGAGAGUGCAGGCGUUUCGGAAGAAGUACCUGUCCAACUACGCCAUCUUGGAGGCGACGCUGCUGGCGGCCGCGACGGCGAUUGUCUGCUACCCCAACGCGUUUCUGAGGAUUGAGAUGACGGAGAGCAUGGAGAUUUUGUUUUUGGAGUGUGAAGGCGCGGAGGAUUACCACGGGUUGUGCGAGCCGGAUCAUCGGCUGAGGAACGUGGUUUCGUUGUUGGUGGCUACGGUGGUGAGGGUUUUCUUUGUGAUUAUCUCGUAUGGGUGCAAGGUGCCGGCUGGGAUAUUUGUGCCGAGUAUGGCGAUUGGGGCGUCGUUUGGGAGGACGGUGGGGAUUAUCGUGCAGGCGUUGCAUGAGGCGAAUCCGGGGAGCGUGUUCUUUUCGACGUGCCAGCCGGAUGUGCCGUGCAUCACGCCGGGGACGUAUGCGUUUUUGGGGGCGGCGGCGGCGUUGAGCGGGAUCAUGCAUAUCACUGUUUCGGUGGUGGUUAUUAUGUUUGAGCUUACGGGGGCGCUGACUUACAUCCUUCCGACGAUGAUUGUCGUCGGGGUGACCAAGGCAGUCAGCGAGUUGUUUGGGAAGGGGGGAAUAGCGGAUAGGAUGAUCUGGUUCAGCGGGUUUCCCUAUCUUGACAACAAGGAGGACCACAAUUUUGGGGUGCCCGUGUCCCACGCUAUGAUUGCGGAUGUGGUGUCGAUCCCUUCGACGGGUCUCACGCUCAAGGCGGUGGAGCGACUCCUCUCCAAGGACUCUUACCAAGGUUUCCCAAUUGUGGACGACGAAAACAACAAGAUCCUGCUAGGUUACAUUGGCCGGACGGAGCUCUGCUACGCGGCUGAGCGCGCGAGGAAAGAGAGGACCCUUUCGCCUCUGGCAAAGUGCACCUUUGCUCCUCGGACUAACAUCGACCCAAUCCCGACAAUCUACGCCCCGGCCACCCCUUCUUCGUCUUCCGCUCCAUAUGGGGAGCAACACGAACCAGACUACAGCACCUCGACCCAGACGACGAUUGAUUUCUCGCCUUAUAUCGACCUCACGCCCUUGUCGGUCCACCCUAGGUUGCCGCUGGAGACGGUGAUGGAGCUGUUUCGAAAGAUUGGCCCGAGGGUGGUGCUGAUCGAGCAUAGGGGGCGCCUGAUGGGGUUGGUCACGGUGAAGGACUGUCUGAAGUAUCAGUUCAAGGCUGAGGCGGCGGAGCAUGGGGAGCGGGAGAGGGAGAUGCUGGGGAUUGAGGAGGAGGGGCAGGAGAGGGUUUGGGAGGUUAUGAGGGGGAUUGCGGGGUGGGUCAGUGACAGGGUGUCGGGGUGGAGUGGGGGGAGGGUUAGGUUGAGGGAUAGCUGGGAGGGGAGUAGGGGGCAGGAGGCAGGGGGGAUAUUGGAGGGGACGGAGAUGGAGCUUGAUGAGGGGGGUGGGGGGUUGGAGCAGGAUGUUGAGGAUGAUGAUGGUGGUGGGGGAACGAGGCGGAGGGGGAGUACAAGGAGGUGA